AUGAUUUGGGUUUUUGUCUGUCUGUGUGCCUUGGUGACAUCCUUACAUGCCGACCAGCGUCUCAUCAAGCGCUAUGUUAUCGGCGGCUGUCCCGAUCGUUGCGACAAGUCUAUGUGUCCGUCGAUGUCGAAGGACUGUUUAACUGGUCAGGUCCUGGACCAGUGCAACUGCUGUCCUGUCUGCGCGUCUGGCGAAGGUGAAGCUUGCGGAGGUGUCGGAAAGUUGGGAGACCCGGUGUGUGGCGAGGGUUUGGAGUGUUCUGUAUCUGGUGGGGUUGGGUAUUCCGCCACAGUAAGGCGUAGAGGGAAAAAUGGAAUCUGUGUCUGUAAAAGUUCUGACCCGGUAUGUGGCAGUGACGGUGUUUCCUACCGUAACAUUUGCGAGCUGAAGAGAGUUAGCAGCCGGGCACAGAAAUUGCAGCAGCCGCCGGUACUGUUUAUUCAGCGAGGCGCAUGUGGAAAGGCCCAACAGGACAAUCCAAACAGCUUGAGAUACAAGUACAACUUCAUCGCUGAUGUAGUUGAAAAGAUUGCCCCUGCCGUGGUUCAUAUUGAACUGUACCGCAAAAUGGUGUAUUCUAAGAGAGAGAUGGCAGUGGCAAGUGGUUCUGGGUUUGUCGUGUCAGAUGACGGCCUCAUCGUGACUAACGCCCAUGUUGUGGCCAAUAAGAACCGUGUGAAGGUGGAGCUAAAAAGCGGUGCCUCCUACGAUGCUAAGAUCAAAGACGUGGACGAGAAAGCAGACAUCGCCCUCAUAAAGAUUGAUCCACCAAAUAAGCUUCCUGUGUUAUUGCUGGGAAGAUCAGCUGAUCUAAGACCUGGGGAGUUUGUGGUUGCCAUUGGUAGCCCAUUUUCCCUCCAGAACACGGUUACCACAGGGAUUGUGAGCACCACCCAGAGGGGGGGUAAAGAACUAGGCUUACGAAACUCUGACAUGGACUAUAUUCAAACUGAUGCUAUUAUCAAUUAUGGGAACUCAGGAGGCCCUCUUGUAAAUCUGGAUGGGGAAGUGAUUGGUAUAAACACUCUGAAAGUGACUGCGGGAAUCUCUUUUGCCAUUCCCUCUGAUAAAAUCCGGCAAUUUCUCACAGAGUCAUAUGACAGACAAUCCAGAGGCAGAGGGGCAGCUAAGAAAAGGUAUAUUGGUGUAAGAAUGAUGACUCUCACUCCAGCAUUGGCCAAGGAGCUCAAGGGACGAAUGCUGGACUUCCCUGAUGUCACUUCAGGGGCUUAUGUCAUUGAGGUCAUCUCCAAAACUCCAGCUGCUGCUGGUGGACUAAAAGAACAUGAUGUUAUCAUCUCCAUCAAUGGUCAGAGAAUUGCUUCAGCAACUGACGUAAGCAAUGCAAUCAAGAAAGAUGCCACGUUGCGUGUGGUAGUUCGCCGUGGCAAUGAAGAUGCUAUACUCACCAUUAUCCCAAUGGAGAUCGACCCUUGAACCU